GCACCCAGCAGCAUAGCACUAGUAAUCACCCAACCAACCAUUGACACACCACCCGUCCGAUCCUUCCAUUUCUUGAUUCUUGGUUCCCACCAGCAGCAGCCAUGAAGACUCUCCAUCUCGCAGUCUACCUCACCAUCGCCCUCUCACUGCUUCUGCUCGUCGCGCCUUCCCCGGCAGAGGCGCGAGCGUUUGCAGUGGUCCAGGAGACGCUCGACGAGAUCGCGGCGCGGCUUCGCCAAGAGGCCGACGCGGCCUGGGCAGAGCUCGAAGCGGCGGAGGAGCUCGCGAUGACGCGCGCCGACGAGGAAGCCGCGGCUAACGCCACCGUUGACGCCGCGAAAACCGCAGCCCAAGCGGCAAACGCGGCGCUCGCGGCGGCGAAGGUCAACGCGGCGAGCAACAAGACAGCGGCAGAAACGGCGAAAAAGACGGUGAACGCGCUCAAAAAGACGGUCGCGGGGAUCCAGAAGAAAGCUAACGGCAAGAAAGCGUACGACAAGGCGCAAGACGACGUGAAAAAGGCCGAAUCGAAGGCCGCGCAGGCUAAGACGAACAAGGAAAAGGCGGCGGCGGCGGCCGCCGCGCAGCAGAAGCUCGCGGACGACGCGACCAAGGCGGCGGGCAGCGCCAAGGGAAAGGACGCGACGAAGGCGAAGGAGAAGGCGAAGGGCGAGCAGAAGAAGGCCGACGAGAUGAAGAAAAACGCCGACGGCGCGGCGGCGGAGGAGAUUAAAGCGCAGGCGGAGGUGCAGAAGGCAAAGGCGGCCGCGGCUAAGACGCCGAACCCGACGCUCACUCCGGAAGAGCAGGCGACGCUCGACAAGUACAACGCGGCCGUCGCGGCGGCGGAGACGGCGGACGCCGCCGCCAAGACCGCGGACGCGGAGCUCAAGGUGGCGGAAAAGGCAGCGGUGACUGCUAAGGCGACGCUGUACAAGGCGAAGGCGGCGCUGACGUCCGCGACCGCGCGCAGGGUAGAGGCGGAUAAGCUGGUGGAGGUUAAGAAAGCGGCGGCGGAAGAGGCGGAGGCUGCAGCGGUUGCUGCGGAGGAGAAGGCCAGGGAUGCAGGUGCGCCAGGCUCGGAAUCCGCACCUGGCUCGGAGUCCGCUCCUGGCUCGGAGGCUGCACCAGGUUCGGACGCAGCACCGGGCUCUGAAGCCGCGGCGCUGCCCUAGUGCGAUGGGAUGCUGGGACGACUGGUGAGAUGGAUGCUGGGGUGGUUGCUGGGGCGGGAUGCCUGUGGGGAGCUGAGGUACUUGGCACAAUUUUGGGCCUUAACGGUGGUUGGAAGUUAUGGUAGGAGCCAUGGGAUUUGCGUAGCGUACCUAGCAUACAUGCUUCUGGUACAGGGUUCUCCGUAUUUUGCGGCUUACCUGGCAGCUUGUAUGCCGAAUAAACAUGGCUUCAGCCAGACAUAUAGAGUGACUUCUCAUGUUUAUGAUGUACUCACUGACAUUAUUGUGCUUAUC